UGGCCGAAGUAACACGUGUCUGUGAAUGCCUAAAAUGGAGAAAUUUGAGGAAAGGAAUAUACAAUACAAUGCAAAGCAAAGGAGGUGAAUCUUGUUGAAAAGUGAAAUAAUGAUUCAGUGUUUUGCAUUCGCAGUUCCGCAGCUGGGGAAGGCUAAUCUGGCAUUCAAUGGAUCAAAACCUGCUUACCCUAGAAAUCCCCCCUCAAUAUUCUUACACUUACAUGGUCACGAUGCAGAUGCAUCUGGAUCCGGCAUCAGUUACAGGAGGAGGAGGAGGAGGAAGAUCGCUCCAAUUCAACGCUUCCAAAACCCUAAAUUUCGCUCUUCUUCUUCAGACAACAACAACACCACUUCACAAUCACAGAGGUCAAACAGCAAAGUUGUGUUUUGGUCUGCUGUUACCUUAGUCUUAGCUGUUGGGAAUCGAGUCAUGUAUAAACUUGCUCUGGUGCCAAUGAAGGACUAUCCCUUCUUCUUAGCUCAGCUCAACACUUUUGGGUAUGUGGUGAUUUAUUUUACCAUACUGUAUAUAAGGCAUCGUGCUGGAAUUGUAACUAACGAGAUGAUGCGCCUUCCAAAAUGGCGAUUUGCGCUUAUUGGUAUGCUAGAAGCCCUAGGAGUUGUUGCUGGGAUGUACUCUGCAGCAAUGCUCCCUGGACCAGCUAUACCAAUAUUAAAUCAGACGUUUUUGUUAUGGCAGCUGGGAUUUUCUGCUCUACUUCUAGGAAGAAGGUACUCAUGGAAUAAAAUUGCAGGAUGUCUACUUGUGGCUGCUGGGGUCGUAACAGCCAUUGCAAGUGGAUCAGAGAGUGGUCAAAUGCUUUCGGGAGUUGGGUUAUUGUGGCCAAUUAUGAUGGUUGUAUCAAGUGCAUUCCAGGCUGGUGCAACUAUUAUCAAGGAAUAUGUUUUUAUUGAUGCUGUUACCCAUCUUAAGGGGAAGUUGCUUGACAUAUUUGUUGUAAAUUCAUUUGGUUCUGGGUUCCAGGCUCUUUUCGUGCUUCUGUUUCUUCCAUUCUUAUCAAAUCUCAAAGGCAUACCUUUUCAUGAGCUUCCUUCAUACAUAAAGAGUGGUGCCGGUUGCUUUCUUAAUAUCGGGCCCUCUUCAUCUGGUUGUGAUGGAUCACCACUCAUGCCUUUACUUUACAUAGUCAACAAUAUUGCCUUCAACAUAUCCAUUCUCAAUCUAGUCAAACUUUCUUCUGCUGUUGUUUCUUCACUAGCAGUUGUGCUAUCAGUGCCAACUACUAUCUAUAUACUUUCCCUUCCAUUGCCAUACCUCCCUGAAGGUGUUACUUUGAGCCCUUUCUUCCUGUUUGGGAGUGUGAUCCUCGUGUUGGGUCUCAUUUUAUACAAUGUACCUCAGCAUAGCAACAGCAAGCAUGGCUCGGACUUGGACAUCAUGUAACACAACAUGUACCUUACUUUCAUUUUCUUUUGCUUCAUUGUUACUAGGGGGGAUAGGUAAGAGGUUGCGUAUUGUAAUUGCGUUCUCUUUCUGUUUCGUAUUGGAUUGGAUUGAAUGAAAUCAAGUCUUGAGAUAAAAUUUCUCUGUUGGAUUUGGAUUCAAAUACAUGGUAUAGUUUCUCAUA